GAUGGCAGUAGAGGGUCAGGAGAAAACAAUUUCUUUGGGUAUUUUAAAGGAGCAAAGAAAAGUUUCCGGGUGAAUCCUCCGUGCACAUGUGGGCUGUGAGGAAAAUAUACGUUUCCAGGUGGAAAACCGUCUGAACUUCUCCGCCAGGAUGGAGGAGAAGGCUCAUAAACAGAAGAAGCACACGCAGAAGCACAGUGGACCAAAGGCGCAGAAGAAGAAGCUGAAGACACAGGCUGGGGCAGCAGACGAUGACGAACGGAAACGCAACCCCAAAGCCUUCGCGGUCCAGUCGGCUGUCCGCAUGGCCAAGACCUUCCACAGGGCCCAGGACAUAAAAACCAAAAAACAUCACAUCCCUGUUGUGGACCGGACUCCACUGGAACCCCCACCUGUUGUGAUUGUCGUCAUGGGUCCCCCCAAGGUGGGGAAGAGUACCUUAAUCCGCUGCUUAAUCAAGAACUUCACUCGGCAGAAGCUCGGGGAUAUUUGUGGUCCGGUGACAAUCGUCUCUGGAAAGAAACGCCGCCUGACCUUCAUGGAGUGUAACAACGACAUCAACACCAUGAUCGACCUGGCAAAGGUCGCUGACCUCGUCCUGAUGCUGAUCGAUGCCAGCUUUGGCUUUGAGAUGGAGACGUUCGAGUUCCUCAACAUUUGUCAGGUACACGGCUUCCCUCGCAUCAUGGGCGUCCUCACUCACCUCGACUCCUUCAAGAACAACAAGACGCUCAGGAAGACCAAGAAGAACCUGAAGCAUCGCUUCUGGACGGAGGUGUACCAGGGAGCAAAGCUCUUCUACCUGUCGGGGAUGGUGUACGGGGAGUACCAGACUCAGGAGGUGAAGAAUCUGGGCCGUUUCAUCUCGGUCAUGAAGUUCCGCCCUUUGGUGUGGCAGACCUCCCACCCCUACGUGCUGGUCGACCGCAUGGAGGACCUGACCGACCCCGAGAAGAUCCGCACAGAACAGAAAUGCGACCGCACCGUGUCGCUCUACGGAUACCUGCGAGGGACACAUCUGAAAAACAAGUGCCAGGUCCACAUUCCAGGUGUGGGAGACUUCGAGGUGAGCGACGUGAACUUCCUGCCGGACCCGUGCGCCCUGCCGGACGCUCAGAAGAAGCGAGCGCUGAACGAGAAGGAGCGCCUGCUCUAUGCCCCCAUGGCUGGUGUGGGGGGCGUUGUGUAUGACAAAGAUGCUGUGUACAUCGACCUCCCAGCGAACCACGUCCACCAGCAGCAGGAGGAGGUGAGACCCACCACGGAGCUGGUCCAGUCCCUCAUCGACACUCACGCCACUCUGGACGCCAAGAUGGCUGCCAGUAAGGUGUCGCUCUUCAGCGGCUCGGGUACGAUUGACCCCAACGACGUCGGAGGGCAGAGCGGAGAUCAACGAGAACUUGAGGAGGAGAGCGUGUGGGAUCCUGACACAAACCGAGAGAGGAGGAAGGUGCUCUUCCCUGGAGAUGAAGACGAUGCCAGCGCAUCAAGCAGUGAGGAGGAGGAGGAGGAGAGCGACGACGAUGAAGACACUGUUGGAGAUUUGUCUGCGUUUCUCAAAGAGACUCGCGCCGAGACUGAGGAGAAGAAGGCAGACGGCGCUCCUCUGAAGAAGAGGCAGAGACUGGAGGAGGCGGGAGUAACGGCUGAGGUGCCGGCAUUUGCUGACAGCGAGGACGAGCUGGAGAUGAGCGAGGAAGAGGAGGAGGAGGAGGCUCGGGGAGCGGGAGACUCUGGAAACUGUUCUGAGGAGGAAACUGAUGAUGAAGAUUCAGAGGAGGAAUCUGCUGAAGAGGAAGCUGGAGAAGUGAGGAAUAAACCAGAAGAAACAGAGGAGAUGAGUGAGGAAGAAAUGGAGGAAGAGGAGGGAGUGUUGCGAUGGAAGGAGGGCUUGCAGCAGAAAGCAGCCGAGGCGUUUCUCCGACACCAGGAAGCUGCUCCCAAUCUCCGAAAGCUGGUCUACGGCGCCGUCCUGGAGGCGGAUAACUCUGAGGACGACGAGGAGGAACUGGGGGGUCUGUUCCGCGUCAGCCGGCCACAGAAGAGCCGGAAGGCUCAGGCCAACGCCGUGGACUGCUCUCGCUUCCAGCCUGACACCAGCCACAACUGGGACCUGGAAGAGAUGUUGGACUCAAUCCGAGACUGUUUUGUUACGGGGAAGUGGGAAGAAGGUCAGGAUGCUGCCACCCUGCUGAAGGAGGACGAAGAACUGUAUGGAGACUUUGAAGAUCUGGAAACUGGAGAAGUCCACAAGAGCCAAUCGGGACAGGAGGGUGUGGCCGAGAAGACCGACAGCGAUGAAGAUGAAGAGCAGGAAGUGAAGGUCGAGGAGGAGGAGGUGCAGAAGAACAAGCGUCUGGAGAAGAAGCGGCGGCUCAAAGAGAGGUUUGACGCGGAGUACGAUGAUGGAGACGCCACCUACUUCGAUGACCUGAAGGAGGAGAUGCAGAAGCAGGCGGAGCUGAACAGAGCAGAGUUUGAGGAUGUGGACGAUGAGACCAGAGUGCAGUACGAAGGAUUCCGGCCGGGGAUGUACGUACGGGUGGAGAUCAGCUCUGUGCCCUGUGAGUUCGUCACCAACUUUGACCCGCAGUACCCCAUCAUCCUUGGAGGGCUGGGAUCCAGCGAAGGAAAUAUAGGAUAUCUGCAGAUGAGGCUGAAGAAACACAGGUGGUACGAGCGAAUCCUGAAGACCAGGGACCCCCUCAUCCUUUCCUUAGGCUGGCGCCGCUUCCAAACCAUCCCCCUCUACCACAUCGAAGAUCACAACGGACGCCACCGCCUCCUCAAGUACACGCCACAGCACAUGCACUGUGGAGCCUCCAUCUGGGGGCCCAUCACCCCUCAGGGAACCGGCUUCCUGGCUCUGCAGUCUGUGGCCGGAGUCAAAGCCAACUUUCGCAUCGCAGCCACAGGAGUGGUCCUGGAUCUAGAUAAAUCUGUGACGAUAGUGAAGAAGCUCAAACUGAUUGGUUAUCCCUACAAGAUCUUCAAAAACACUUCCUUUGUUAAGGGAAUGUUCAACACGGUCCUGGAAGUGGCUAAAUUUGAAGGAGCUUCUGUGCGGACGGUUUCCGGGGUCAGAGGUCAGAUAAAGAAGGCCCUGUCCACACCUCCAGGAGCCUUCAGAGCUACGUUUGAGGACCGUCUGCUCAUGAGUGACAUCGUGUUCCUGCGUUCCUGGUAUCCGGUGUCGGUUCCUCAGCUCUACAACCCCAUCACUUCCCUGCUGCUGCCGGUCGGCCAGAAGGACAGCUGGGCGGGGAUGAGGACGCUGGGGCAGCUGAAGCAUGACCUGGGCAUCCACAACAAACCCAACCCCGACUCUCUGUACAAGCCUGUGGUACGAGCCCCGAGGCAUUUCAACCCCCUGCACAUCCCCAAGGAGCUGCAGAAAGCCCUGCCCUUCAAGAGCAAACCCAAACAGCAGCAGGCCAAGGGAAAGAUACCCAGAGACCUCCAGAGGCCCAGAGUGAUCCGGGAACCCCACGAGAGGAAGGUGGCAGCUCUACUUCACGCUCUGACCACCGUCCACCAUCACAAGAGGAAGAAAGCCCACUCAGUGCUGCACGCCCGACACAAGGAGUUCCUCAAGCAGAAGGAGAAGGACGAGGAGGCCAAGAUGAAGAGACAGAAGGAGACCCGGAAAAGACUCUACAGAGUCAUGGGGCAGACGGAGCAGAAGAAGCAGAGGUCCAGUCUGAAGGGCGAGCAGAAGGACUCGUGACCUCAGUGGACGCCAGCACGACGGGCUUUCUGUAAAUGCUUUCAUGACAAAUGUUUGUGAUGCUCCCUAUUUUAAUAAAACUCGAUGAGUAAUAAAACUGC